AUGGGCUUGAUAUACGUGAAUCCGGAAGGACCCGAUGGAAACCCCGACCCAGUCGCUGCCGCUCGGGACAUUCGCACGACGUUCGGUCGCAUGGCCAUGAAUGAUGAGGAAACCGUUGCGUUAAUUGCUGGUGGCCAUACUUUCGGAAAGACACACGGCGCGGCUCCCUCGAACCACGUUGGUGCUGAGCCGGAGGCUGCUGGCCUAGAGGCACAGGGCUUUGGUUGGCAGAACAGCUACGGCUCCGGAAAAGGCGCGCAUACCAUUACCAGUGGCCUGGAGGUAACCUGGACCAAGACUCCGACCCGAUGGAGCUUGAACUUUCUCGAGUACCUGUUCCGCUUCGAAUGGGUGCUGACCAAGAGUCCUGCGGGCGCGAACCAGUGGGUAGCGAAAGACGCCGAUGCCUUUAUCCCGGAUGCAUACGAUCCAUCCAAGAAGCACCGACCACAGAUGCUCACCACAGACCUGUCUCUGCGAUUCGAUCCUGCGUACGAGAAGAUCUCGCGCCUGACACAUCGGGACAUGGGACCGCGUGCUUGCUAUAUCGGUCCUGAGGUCCCCGCCGAAGAGCUGUCCUGGCAGGAUCCCAUCCCAGCAGUGAACCAUCCGGUGAUUAAUGACACCGAUAUUGCCGCACUCAAGAGAGAGAUUCUCGCCACGGGUGUCGACCCUUCGAAGUUCAUCUCGACUGCUUGGGCAUCCGCAUCGACUUUCCGGGGCAGUGACAAGCGUGGCGGUGCCAAUGGCGACCUUGAGGCCCUGGAUGACGUCCAAAACAGAUUCAACAGCGCCCAGAACGAUGGCAAGCGAGUAUCCCUGGCGGAUCUCAUUGUGCUCGCUGGCUGUGCAGCUGUCGAGAAAGCUGCCGGCGAUGCCGGCCAUCAUAUCACCGUGCCUUUCACGCCGGGACGCAUGGAUGCUUCGCAAGACCAGACGGAUGUCGAAUCAUUCAGUCAGAUGGAGCCUGUGGCGGAUGGAUUCCGGAACUAUGGCUCAUCUACUGCUCGGGUGCGAGCUGAGCACUAUCUGGUUGACAAGGCGCAGUUGCUCACUCUAUCUGCGCCUGAAAUGACGGUGCUUGUUGGUGGACUGCGGGCGCUGAAUGCCAACUACGAUGGUUCCGCCCACGGUGUGUUUACUACCCAGCCGGGCCAUCUGACAAACGAUUUCUUUGUCAAUCUCCUCGACAUGAACACCUCGUGGAAGGCAUCAGCCCCUGGCAGUGACAUUUACGAAGGCACCGACCGUAGAACUGGCGCUAAGAAAUGGACCGCUACCAGGGCCGAUCUGGUCUUCGGAUCUCACGCCGAGCUGCGUGCCAUUGCCGAGGUGUAUGGUAGCAGCGAUGGAACGGAGAAGUUUGUGAAAGACUUUGUUGCUGCUUGGGCUAAGAUCAUGAACCUUGACAGAUUCGAUUAA